AGGAGAGAGAGAGGAGAGAGAGAGAGAGAAAAGAGGGUUGUUAGAGAGAGAGAAGGAGGGAAGGAGGUUGGGAGAGAGAAGGAAGGGUCUUGCUGUGCCAUCCAGGAGAGCAAAUGGAUUAGAGCAUCCUUGGGCAAAAGGGGAAGGAAGAAAGGAAGGGAGGAAGGGAGGAAGGAAGGAAGAGUGCCUCCUCUUCUUCUCCUCCUCCUGCGAAAGUCGAGAGAAGGAGAGAAGAGGAAGGAAGGAAGGAAAGAGGAGGGAAGGAGGAGACAGGGAGGGAGAGGGAGUGAGGAAGGAAGGCAAAGGAGGGAAAAGCGGGCAGGAGCGGGGAAGGCGCGGGUGCUCCGAGAGCGGGUUGUUGACCAGGAGCGAGCCGAGGUCCGGGACGCCUCCGCCGGCCGCCUCCUCCUCCUUCUCCGCGUGGACCCCAUCCUGGCCGCGCGGAGGCCAUGCCUUUCGGGACCCUGCCUCUGCUGCUCCUGCUGCUGCUCCUCUCGCUGGCGCUGCUCCUGCGGGCGGCCCCCGAAUGCGGGCUGGAGGAGCGCUCGCGCCGGCUGAGGAGGGACGCCCGGCCCGGGACCCCCUUCGCCGCCUUCCCUUCCUCCUCCGGCGGCGGCGGCGGCACCUGCGGGACGCGCUUAGCCCGCGGAAGGCGCGCCUGGGCGGGGAGGGAAGCGGCGGCGCCGCGGAGGAGGAGGCGGAGGAGGAGGGAGACCGCGCCGGGGAGACCGCCGCCGCCGCCGCCCUUGCCCCUGCCCCUCCAAGCCAGCCCUCCGAGCCGGGCUUUCUAUUUCCGCGGACGCCCCGGCGAGGCGCUCAAGCUGAAGGCGGAGCUGGAGCUGCCCCGAGAGGAGUUCACGCUGGGAGCCUGGCUCCGGCCCGAAGGAGGGCAGAAGGCGCCCGCCGUGGUGGCAGGUCUCUAUGACAAAUGUUCGUACACCGUCCUUGACCGAGGAUGGGUCCUGGGAAUUACCAACAUGAGCGAUCAGGGCAAGAGAGAUCCCCGGUAUUUUUUUUCCUUGAAGACAGACCGUGCCCGGAAGGUCACAACCAUCACAGAUCACCGCAGCUACCUCCCAAACCAAUGGGUCCACCUCGCCAUCACUUACGAUGGACGCCUGAUGAAGCUUUACGUGAAUGGUGCCCAAGUGGCAACAAGUCGGGAACAAGUGGGAAGCAUUUUCAGCUCUUUGACCUCAAAGUGCAAGGUGCUCCUCCUUGGAGGCAAUGCCUUGAAUCAGAAUUACCGAGGCUAUAUAGAACAUUUCAGUCUUUGGCGGACAGCUCGGUCUCAGAAGGAGAUUCUGAUGGACAUGGCCCAGGUGACUCAUGGAGUAGAUGCUCCUCUACCUCAGCUAGUUUUUCAGGAGACUUUAUUGAAUGUGAAAAGCAUCUGGUCCCCCAUGAAAGAUAGUCCAAGUCUUCCUCAGAUUGAAUUAAUUUCCCAUCCUGACUACUUGUUGGAUGCCGGUCUUGAGCCUCCUCCAUGUGGGCAAACAGUCUGUGACAACGUGGAGGUCAUCACCAGCUACAACAACCUCCCAAACUUCCGGCGCAAGAAGGUCGUCCGCUACCGUGUGGUGAACAUCUACGAUGACCACCAUCGGAACCCAACCAUCGGCCUGAAACAGAUCGAAUUCCAACAUCGGCAGCUGAAUGAUGCCUUUAGUCCUUACAACAUCACUUGGGAACUCGAGGUGUUGGAGGUGAAGAACUCCACCCUGCGACAUCGCCUCAUCCUGGCCAAUUGCGAAAUUAGUAAGAUUGGGGAUGAGAACUGUGACCCGGAGUGCAACCAUACCUUGACUGGAUAUGAUGGAGGGGACUGCCGGCACGUGCGCCAUGUGUCAUUCAACAGGAAAAAGCAGAAUGGUGUAUGUGACAUGGAUUGUAACUACGAGAAGUACAACUUUGAUGGCGGGGAUUGCUGCAACCCAGAGAUAACAGAUGUCACCAAGACAUGCUUUGACCCACAUUCUCCUCACAGGGCAUAUCUAGAUGUCAAAGAAUUGAAGAACUGGCUGAAUCUGAAUGGGUCGACGCACCUCAACAUCUUCUUUGCCAACUCUUCUGAGGAAGAGCUGGCUGGUAUGGCCACCUUUCCAUGGGACAAAGAAGCGUUGGUCCACUUGGGAGGAAUUGUGUUGAACCCUUCCUUCUAUGGCAUUCCCGGCCAUACCCACACAAUGAUCCAUGAAAUUGGGCACAGUCUGGGCCUUUACCAUGUCUUCAAAGGCAUCUCGGAGAUCUUCUCCUGCAGUGAUCCGUGCAUGGAAACCGAACCUUCGUUUGAGACGGGCGACCUCUGCCAUGACACAAACCCAACUCCAACGCACAAAGUCUGCGGCGAUCCGGCCCCUGGCAAUGACAUGUGUGGUUUCCGUAGCUUCCAGAACACACCCUUCAACAACUUUAUGAGCUAUGCAGAUGAUGAUUGCACCAACUCCUUCACGCCCAACCAGGUGGCCAGAAUGCAUUGCUACUUGGACUUGGUCUACCAGGGCUGGCAGCCUGAAAAGAAGCCGGCCCCCAUUGCUCUGAUGCCACAAACGGUGGACUGGACAAGCUCUUCGAUCACCCUGGAGUGGUUUCCUCCCAUUGACAGGCACUACUUCGAAAGAGAAGUGGGAUCAGCAUGUGACCUCUGCUUGGAAGGCCAGGUCCUGGUGCAGUACGCUUUCAGUGCCUCCUCGCCCAUGCCCUGCGACCCAUCCGGACAUUGGAGUCCCCGAGGAGCAGAGGGCCACCCUGACGUGGAACAACCAUGUAAGCCUGAUGUUAGAACAUGGAGUCCCAAUUCAGCAGUGAAGCAAAUAGUCCCACCAGCCUGCCCUGAACCUCAAGGUUGCUAUCUGGAGUUGGAGUUUCAGUACCCUGUGAUUCCUGAGUCACUGACCAUCUGGGUGACCUAUGUGUCCUCUGAUUGGGACUCCAAAGAAGCCAUAAACAACAUCAAACUCCUUAUGGUCAGUGGAUGGAACAUUUCCUUGGGGCCCCAGAACUUCUUCUGUGACAUUCCCCUUACCAUCAAGCUUGACCACACAGAAGUGAAAGAGGAAGUCUAUGGGAUCCAGAUCUUCACCUUGGAUGAGCACUUGGAGAUUGACGCUGCCAUGAUCAGCUCUGUCCCACACAGUAAAUGGUGCACUCACUGUCGUGCCAUCCACUACAAAGUCACGCGGGACCCUCCAUUCCAGAAAGGCUCUUCAGUCCUCAUCUCAGAUCUCAGCCGGAAAUUCGUGGACACUGAAAUAAGAGCAGGAAGCCAGUACACUUACUGGGUCUCAGUUCUUUCUGGGACAGAAGAGAGUGAAACAUCCCCACCCCUCAUCUAUGUCCAUGGAAGUGGCUAUUGUGGCGAUGGGAUCAUCCAGAGGGACCUUGGGGAAGUGUGCGAUGACAUGAACAAAGUCAACGGAGAUGGCUGUUCCCUAUUUUGCCAGCAGGAGUUAUCCUUUAAAUGCAUUGACGAACCAAGUAGGUGCUACUUCCAUGAUGGCGAUGGGGUAUGUGAAGAAUUCGAGGAAACCACCAGCAUCAUGGACUGCGGAGUCUACACACCCAAAGGCUUCCUGGAUCAGUGGGCUUCAAAUGUUUCAGUCUCACAUCAUGAUGAACGCUGCCCAGGAUUGGUGGUGAUAGGCCAGCCAGCAGCGAAUCAGAUCUGCCGAACUAAAGUGUCUGACUUCAGCGAUGGGAUUUUGCAGUAUGCCUGGUACCCGUGCACUGCCAUGCCAUUUUCUGGCUCACCCAUGCUGUUUUACAGCUCGCCUGUACACAAAACGGAUACCAUUUUUUGGCUCAAGGGUCACUUCUCACAACCUAUGGUAGCUGCUGCUGUUAUUAUCCACCUGGUUACUGACGGGACAUGGGCACAGAUGGACCUGGAUCAGAAGGAAGAAGCCAUUUCCGUGCAACUGAUUGACACCAAAAACCAAAGCCAUGACCUCGGAACCCACAGUUUGAGCUGCAGGAAAAAUCCCUUGAUCGUCCCCGUCAUUCACGACCUCAGCCAGCACUUCUACCACACCCAGGCCAUCCUCGUCACCUUCAGCUCUCCGUAUGUUGCCAUCUCCGGGGUGGCCCUUCGCUCCUUCCACAACUUUGACCCCAUCACUGUCAGCAACUGCCAGAGCGGACAGACCUAUAGCCCGGCUGAACAGAGCUGUGUCCAUAACUCUUGCGAAUCCACUAGCUGCCAAGAGCUGGAGAUUGAGAACGCCGAGCUGAGCUUCACCGACAAGGGACGCAAUCAUGGUGCCCAUUGCAACGUCACCUGCAAGACAGGGUACAUCCUCCAGAUACAGAGGGACGACGACCCCGCAAGGCGCCAGCUGGAGGCUAGCGUCACCAUGACAUGUGUGGAUGGCAAAUGGAACAAGCAGGUCUCCUGUGAACCCAUUGAUUGUGGGAUCCCGGAUCAGUAUCAUGUUUAUCCAGCCACUUUCAACUGCAGCGAAGGCACCACCUUUGGCAAGAAGUGCUCCUUCACUUGCAAGCCUCCUGCCCAGCUUAAAGGAACCAACAAUGACCUGACGUGCUUGGAGGAUGGACUGUGGUCCUUCCCAGAGGCCCUCUGUGAGUUGAUGUGUCAGGCUCCCCCUCUGAUUCCCAAUGCGGACUUCCUGACUUCCCGCUGCCAUCAAGAAAAACAUAAAGUGGGAUCCUUCUGCAAAUACAAAUGCAGACCAGGUUAUCAUGUUCCAGGAUCCUCUCGGAAAGCAAGGAAGAGGACUUUUAAAAUCCAGUGCACUCAAGAUGGAACUUGGCUCGAAGGGGCGUGCAUCCCAGUCACCUGCGACCCACCACCCUCCAAGUUCCAUGGGCUUUACCAGUGCACAAAUGGCUUCCAGUUCAACAGUGAGUGCCGGAUCAACUGCGCCGAAGAGGACAGCCAAUCUGGUCAGGAGAACAACGUGAUCCACUGCCGAAGGGACGGCACCUGGAGUGGUUCAUUUCACCUCUGUAGAGGGAUGCAAGGAGAAUGCACCCACCCCACCAAGCGGAGCAGCAGUCUGAAGCUUCAGUGCCCAGAUGUAUAUGGAAUAGGGGCUGAGUGUACCAUCUUGUGCCUGGAUCAUCACACGGAACCCAUCUUGUUACUUGCCAAUGAGACAGUAGAUGACAUCCAGCACUGGAUGAAGCCUCCAAGAGUGAAGACCAUCGUCUGCACUGCCGAACUGAAGUGGUAUCCACACCCGGGACUGAUCCACUGCCACAAAAGUUGUGAGCCUUUCAUGGGAGAUAACUAUUGUGACUCCAGCAACAACCGAGCCUUUUGUAACUACGAUGAAGGAGACUGUUGUGCCUCGACAGUGAAGACGAAAAAGGUCGUCCCUUUCCCAAUGUCCUGCGACCUGCAAGGUGAUUGCGCUUGCCUUGAUCCUGAUGCUCAAGAGCACAAAGAGCAGAAUCAUCGGCAUGGUUUCAGCUUUGGAUAAUCCACAGUGCCCAAGGAAUGCCAAAGUCAGGCAAGGAAGAGGCAUCAUUGUAUCCCCUCCACUCCUUCUUUUUGUUGGUUUUGUUCCCAAACUGUUUUGGCUGCUCAACUCCAAUGGUGUCACUCCACCAGGUCAUUUAGAAUUCAACCAGACUGCCUUUACUUUACUUUUCCCUCGGAGAACUGAUAUACCUGGGAGGGGGGAGGAUGUUAUUGUAUUAACUGUAUUCUACUUGCAAGAUCAAGCAAAAUGACAAACAAACAAAAAACAGCAAAAAAAAAGUUGAGUGAAAGAGGAGCUUUAAGCGUCUGGGUGGAAAAAGAAAGAGAAGAAAGAGAGAGAAGCAUGAAUUGCGCAGUUCCGCAUCCAUCAUGAUGAAACCGCGCCUGGUAGAAGUCAUGAAUUUGUACAUCAUUUUGGGUUCAGUUUUGCUUUGCUUUCCUUCCAGAAUAAGGCAAGACAAAAGCCAUAUAUAAAUAUAUAUAUAUUUACCUACUAUUUAUGGAAAGGAAUUAGGGAGAGGGAGAAAGAAAAGAGG